CAUAUGUAACCUGUUGCCGUUGCCGGCGAUGACAAGCAGUACAACUGCACUUUCCCGAGUUUAUUUCAACUUUGGCAAUCCUAUUCUCGUUCUUUCCUUUCGGUCAAGUUUAAACUUAGGCCUUCGUUAAUUUAACUAGCAAACGUUAAUUAAUUCUUGCGUACCUCCCUUCCUUUCACAUUCAUACAUAUAUUCUAUUUAUACAAUCAUACAUCAUAGCGCAUAGGUAUCUUGCAAGCACCACUUACACUUACACAUACACAAUACAAGCUACGUGUCUGUUGCGGGAAAUCUAGCCGUGCUCACACCCCUCCGAGCCUUUCUCUACUAGCCAUAAAUCACGAUGGCGUCCGACUUAGCAGCCGCAGCAAACUUUCCAGCUGAAUCGAACUCCGAAACUUUUACACUGCAAAUCCUAUCGCCUUCCGUAGGCAUACCACAACCAUUAGCGCUUCGGAAGCUUCCCAUAGGCACCACCGUUAAACAGCUAAAGGAGCGCAUUCGAGAUGUCGUUAGCACUAAACCUGCUGAUCAAGCCCAGCGCCUUAUCCAUAGAGGUCGCUUGCUAGCCCGUGACGACGAGACAAUGGCUGAUAUCUUCGGCCAGGAAACGUUGCGCUCUGCGGAUCACCAGACACUACAUUUAGUGUUACGAGAACUCUCCGACAGUCAGACCACCACUUCGGGCCAGCCCUCGGCUGGAGCAAACCCUCUUCCUCAGCACCCGCCACACCCGCCACACCCGAGCGCCUUUCCUUUCCAACCUGACCCUCAGGUGCGCGUUGGCAUUCCUCAUUACCAUGGCAUAGGCUUUGGUUUCCAAAGGCCUAUUCCUGGGAUACCUGUUGCAGGCCAGCCAAUGAUGCCUCCGCCUGGUUCUUCUUCGCAACAGUAUAGCCAGUGGGCAAGAUCCAUGAAUGCUCACUUAGGAGCUCGCGACCAGAACCAACGAACAGCUACUACCGGAGCGCAAGGCACACCUAUCCCGGGCGCAAGAGGAACGCCGGGAACAAGUACACCUGGAAGGACUGCUUCGCCGUUCCAACCAGAGGUGACACGUACCACUAUCCGUGAAAGCACUGGUCCUAAUGGAUUGCAUUGGAGAAUAACUUACAACGAAACGUUUGUGAAUCCACCACAGAGACCGGGAAAUCCUUGGGGCCCUCAAGCACGCCCUGGUCCGAAUGGGAGCCAGUUUUCGGAUAAUGACGCGCAUAACAUUCUGCGGGCUGCAGAUACUAGCGCGGCGACCAGGGCCAUGGCCGACGCCAUGCGAAGGAAUGCUAGCAGCUCUUCCCUGGCAAGCCUUGCUCCUGGUCAAGCUCAACAUCCCAUCCCACCUGGGAUUACUACGCCAUUAAUUCCAUCUCGAGGAGGCAGCGCUACUGCCACGCCAGAUCCGCUUAGAGCAGCUGGCCAACCCAGGAUCCUACCUGUACAGCAAAACCAAACUCAAGCGCCUUCAUCUCAAAAUACGCCGGAAGUGUACAUUCUUUCUUCUCCGAGUGGACCUCGUGCUCUACUGCUUAAUGGCAGCUUAGAUACAUACUUCAGUCCUCCGGCUCGGACCACAAAUCCGCCGACGGGCAUACCGUUUGCGCAGAGACAGUUUCCGCUUACGUUUGGCAAUGCCUUGCAUCCUCAAUAUACAGCGCCGGUGCCAACGCCAGCAACGCAGUCGCAUAUACCCUCAGCUGGACCAAGCCACACAGGCGGCCACCGAGAACAUAAUGCUGCCCAAGCACAGCAUCAACAUCAGGUCCAACAGCAGCAUGGCUUACAUCAAGUUCAUCAGGUGCCGCAUAUAGGACACGCCGUAGCCCGUGCAGAUAACCCACAAAUUCAGGCGAUCAGAAUAGCUCAUAUAUGGCCUCAUAUCUGGCUGAUUACUCGCCUGGGCGUUUUCAUUUGGUUGUUCUCGUCGCCAAAUUCCAGCUGGUCGCGUUGGUUUUUCAUUAUCGGGGCUUCCAUCGCGAUAUUUCUAGCCCGUACCGGACUUUUGACUCCUGUAGCUGACCAACUGUGGGUUCCUUUCCGCCGACGUCUUGAAAAUCUGAUACCUUUUGCCGAUGGCCACCAUGAUGUACAAGUCAACGCACGAGGCGGCGGAGCCCAGGGCGCGAAUAACGGCGCUGUAGCAGACGGCCAACGGCAAGAAAGGGAAUUACGACCAGCUGAUACAGCGGCCAGGCUGGUACAGCAACGACGAAAUGCCAAUGCUAACUGGCUGAUGGACCAAGCUAGGAGAUUAGAGCGUGCCGGUAUACUGUUCCUUGCUAGUAUUGCCCCAGGAGUUGCCGAGAGGCAUAUUGCGCAAGUUGAAGCUGAGGCACGAGCUGAGCGGAUACGACGGGAGGAGGCCGAGGCUGCUGCCGCCGCAGCUCAGCAGUCUGAGGGCCAAGAGAAUGCAGAACAGGCUGGGGAAAGUGAUACUGCUACUGCCGCUGCCAGUGAGGAGUCAGGCAGUUGGAAUCAGACACCAGAGGGAGAACGAGGCAACGAGAGACCGCCUGCUGCAGAGGAGCCACUUGUAGCCCUAUAAACCUGCUGCUAGGAUGAAGGUAUUGCAAUUUUGCAUUUCUUUAAGUGAGUCGUGGGUAAGAGCUAUAGGGGCACACCUAUAGCUCGUAAACCACAAUCUUACGUGCCCUGUGAUCAAGAAAGAGAAAAAAGAAAGGAGCUUGGUCAAAAUAAUACCAGAUGGGACCUCAGCCCGAGGCCGAGACCCCCCCUUUUUUGGGUUUGUCUGUUAAGAUCUUGUUGAUGGCGUAAGGGAAGAAAGGGGCUUUUGUGUAUUGCAUGUAUGUACUGUACCUAAUGUUUCCGGAGUUGGCGCUGAGGUGCGAGGGAGUGAGGGACUGAAAUGCAUAUCAAUGAAUAACGGGCCUGAUAGGGGCUGGCUUAGCUAUCUACGUUAGGUACCUACCUAGCUCUUGCAAUAAACGGACGAACAGAAAGAUGAACAGAAAGGCAGAAUACGACGUGGGUAAUGAAUGUAAAUCAUGUCGAAUUGAAAAACUAUUCUCUACGACU